UAUUUAACAGUUCCAUGGCAUCAAAAGUCAAAAUAGAAUGCAUCAAAUAAGGAUAUUAAAUAAGUAAUGAAAUGAAAAUAGAUAUUAUGGACUUUUAUAAUCGAUCAUUACAUCAAGAACAUUAUGCCCAUAAAACUGAUUACAUUAGACAUAAUCUGGAAGAGAAAUAUGGUAAUUAAUAAAUCUAGUAUAUAGGUCGAUGUUUUUCGAUUAUCAUAUAUUCAAUAGGUUCAUUUGUGUCUCAUUCAUUUUUAUACGCUGACGAUUUUUUAUUAGAAUUGAGAUCUCCUGAGCAUCAUAUUCUUGCCUAUUUAUUACCUCCCUCUUAUACUCCUCCUCCAUUGAUCCCUGAUCCUUAGGUUGUACCAUUAAGUAGAACAUUAAGUCACCCCUUACACGCUUCUAAGCCUGUUUAAUUGUAAUUAUCUCAUUUUACUGUAGUUAACAAUCAGCUCAAUCCAAGAUCUUAGAUUAUCCAACACAAUAUUCAUCUUAUUAUGCUAAUAAAUAUUACGAUGGCUAUUAUAGAAGAGGAUAUUGGUGA